AUGUCCACCGGCGACUUGAAUGGCAAUCUUCAAAGGCUCCUUCGGGAGUUGAAGGCGAUUAAGUGCGCGGCGAACGUUGAUGAAGUUGGGCUUCGCUUGGGUGACCCCGUGGCACUGCUACCAUUGCUCAACUUUACACUUCUUAAAUUUUCUCGCCAUGUGGCGCGCUUUAUUGUGCGGCAUGGGUUCGAGCCUUCCUUUAUCAUGAAGCUUGCUGGCAAGACGGACCAACGUUUUGUUGAAUCCUGCUUCAAGCUAUUUAGGGAGGUGCUUAACGUGCGUACAGUCCUGACACCGAGCCAGUUUUUUGAGCAAGGCUACGCAGAGCGGAAAGUCCUCCUGUUGUGCGACAUCAUAGCGGUAUGCAAGAAGUUGCACAAUGAGGAAGUGCGCCAGGAGCGCCUGGCAGCGCUCAAAGCAUCUCGCCAGUUACCUGGCAGAAGCACCCUCAACAUCCGUCUGCUUUCUUGGAUUACAGGACCAUUUAAGCAGUCGGCUAGCCACACCCCGCAGAAGCAGCCCUCAGGUCAAGGACAGUCUGUCUACAAGCCAAAAAGGGUGUUGACAACGUCACGUUCACCUUCUCCAUCCGCAAGCGGGCAGCCCACAGCAGCCAAGGGCGCGUCACGGCCUCAAGGUACGCCAGCGCAGGCGUCGCUUGCCGGCAGCCAGGGGCCAAGCCUGGAGCUGACCUUCCGACCUGCGGCGCCCGCGAACAUUGGGCACCGGCAGGGCCCAGCCGGCUCGGCUGCUGCACAGCCGCCCAUCCGUACAUGGUUCAUGAACCCGGCCUUUGCCGAGGGAGAUGAGGCAAAUGUGGACCUAGGCGUGGGCACUGGCUUGGGCUUCGGUGCCACAGGUCGGCCCGACAGCAGCGCGUGGUGGCGGCUGUCCCCCAAUCCACCUGAGCAGCCACAGCAACAGGCGGCUUCAUUUUGGCGAAGUGGUGUAGCGGCUGCAGACACCGGCCGCACCCAUGCAGCGGUGGACAGCAGCAUAUGCACAGGCUUGGACAGCGAGAGACACCUAUCCUUCGGCAGGCAGCCAGCGGCGGCAUCGACGACCGUAGCAGCAUCGGAGGGCUACCAGCGGAAGGCUGCACUCCAGCAACAAGGACAGUUAACGCAUCAGCGCCAGCCGGAGCGAGGGGCCUUGCAGCCAACGCAGCAACAAGGGACUAAUGCUGCGGCGCUGCGCCAAGAUGGCACUGCUGCAGCAGUGACAUCGGCAGCUACUGCUGGCGGCAGUGGCACUGCAGGUGGCGGCCACAGCCUGCCUGCACGUGACCUGGAUGAGUGGAGUUUUAGCAAAUUUUUUGGUCCGGCCAAAACUGUGCCACGGCGUCGGAGAGUGAGCAACGGCGGUGAUGGCGUGGACAGCUCGAGCCAGCACCCUGGGAAUAAGAGCGAUGGCGAGUUGGAAGCGGUGCACGGGGCCGAUGGUGCAGCUACUGGGGAAGAUGAUGAUUUGGAGCGCGACGGACCCGCCUCGGACCAGGACCGCCGGAAUGCCAGGUUACCAGCACACAGGGCUCGUGCAGCAGGGCUUUCUCCAGCUAGCAAGCAGCAGCAGCAACCUGCCGGUGCCAACAGCGCGCCUGCCGGAGGGUCUGGCCCUCAGACCACCAGAGCGGAUGUGGACUGGCCAGUGCAGUUGGCGAAGUUGGAGCGGGAGAUGCAGCAGCAGUUGCAGCAGCUGCAGAGCAAGCUCGCUUCUACGGAAGAAGAGCUUGAAAAAUCGAGGUCGGAAGCUCGGCAGACCCGCGAAACACUCCAAGCCCGCGUGACAGUCUUGGAAGGCCGCGUGCGCUUCUUGGAGUGCGAACUGGAGUUGUGUGUGAAGCGCGUCCCCAGCCAGGAACUGGCCGGGAGAAGCAGCCCCGGGCGCGACCCUUCUUCCGCCCCGCUGGACGGGCUCGCCGCGGAGCCAAGCCUGUCUUGGAACUCCCCAGGCCGGUCACCCUCCGGGGGAAGAGCUGCGGACAGCCAUCCCCGCGAACUCACGGCGCCAUCCCUGUGCACAGGAGAUGCUAGCCAACAGCACGGCCCCGGACCCGUGAUCGUAACAGCUGCAACAACAGCAACAACAGCAGCAUCGACAUCGACAUCGGUCUACUCCAACCGCCGAGAACAGGGUGUCCUUGUGGACCCCGGGCAAGCGUAUCCAAGUGUGGCUGCUAGCGCAACGUCGGGGUUCGCAGAGUCGGAAGCCGCGCACGUUCGAGACGCGGGGUCCGUGGCGCCAGGGGACCUUGUCGGUUUGCGUUGGGAUAACCACACAGCCGCGCCUGUGGCGGCUCCGUCCGCCAGUAGUAGUAUUGCGUACCCCAUGCAUGCAUCCCGCAAUGGAGCUGGAAGGGUGGCGAUAUCAUCAGGGCCAGCGGGCGGCCCCGUCACUAAACUAGCAAUGCCGCAGCAGGCGCAGGGUCGUGAUCCAAGGGCAGCACCUGCGGCUUCGCAGCCAUCCUUGCCGCCAGGGGCGGCCGUUGCCCAGCAACGUGGGCCAUCGUCCUUUUUACCCAUGCCUCAGCCCAGCUUCUCCUUCCAGCCCAGCAGUCUCAUGCAACAGGUCGCCUCAGCUGCCGCACCGCCACCGCCGCCUCAGCAGCAGCAGCAGCCUCAGCAGGGAGGCACUGUGACUGCCGCUGGUGCCUCUUGUAGGCCCCAGGUUCUGGGAUCAAGCCUUCACAGCUCCGGCCUAGAUAACGCACCCAGCCGGUGGGGUCCCGCCGGAGGUCCCCAAGCAGCUAGUGGCUUCGCAAACAGCGGCUUGCAGCUAGCAGCAGGUAACGCCCGGAUGAUAAGGCAAGGGAACUCAAGUAUGGAUGCCGGGCCUGGGCAUCCGCCAUUCCCCGGAACGGAAGCCGGAUCAGGGACAGCGGCGCCAGGGCACAUUGCUUGUGGCUGUCCGGACGACUACCUGGUGGCUUGGGGUGGGACAGAGCGUGUAGGUGCGGGGGCUGGGGAAACGGUGAACAUGAGGUCAGCCACAGCAGGACACGUCGCUGCUCAGCACGGGUCCUUAGGAGGUCCGGCGCCGCCGCUGCGGCAGCAGGACUAUGCAGCAUUACAGGGACCUGCCCCUGCAGGGUCUGCAUCCGCCGCACCGAUGCACCAUCACCACCACAUCCUAGCAGUGGGCCUGGCUGCACCUCCCCAAACCUAUGCCCCGCCAGAUCAGCCGGGGUGGAUUAGCUCUGCCAAUGUUGGCGGAUCAGCAGAGGCAGCGCUUGUUGCUGGUCAAUCAGCGCCGUCUGUCACUGGUGGAGCGGGCUCGGGAGGUGCUGGGGAUCCGGGACUGCAGGACGCGGGUGGCGCCGGUGGUGGGCCUCGGAAGACUGAGGACGUAAUCAGCAGCCUUUACCUGCGCUACACCGAGGCUCAGGACUUUUUACAGACCCUCCGCAAGCGAUGA